ACUCUCUAACAUACAUACAUAUAGAGAGAAAGCGAUCAGCAAGAGAAAUGAAUGUCGUUGAAGGAGAGAGAUCAUCAAUAGUAGACAAAUGGGCACCGGCUAUGGCAGUUGUGGUAGCAAAUACAGUGACGGGUUCAGUAAAUGCCCUUGUGAAGAAGGCUCUUGAUGGUGGUGUUAACCAUAUGGUCAUUGGUGCUUAUCGUCUGGCUAUUUCUGCUUUCAUUUUGGCUCCUCUCGCUUAUUUCUUGGAAAGGAAAACAAGACCGAAGAUAACGUUAAGGCUAUUGAUCGAUCAUUUCAUCAGCGGUUUGAUUGGGGCGAGUUUGGUACAAUUUUUCUUUAUGCUUGGUCUGUCGUACACGUCAGCAACUGUUUCGGGUGCUUUUCUGAGCAUGAUGCCUGCAAUUACCUUCGCUUUGUCCCUUAUUUUAAGAAUGGAAAGUGUAAGAGAUCUAAAGAGCGAAACAGGAAUGCUAAAAGUGAUGGGAACAUUGAUAUGCGUCGGUGGAGCGUUGUUAUUAACAUUUUACAAAGGUCCUCAGAUAUCACACUUUCACUCUCACCCAGAGGCUCUUCAGGACAACAACAACCAUCAAAGCAACACAAAUAAUUGGCUUCUUGGAUGUCUCUAUGCUGCUAUAGGAGCCUCGUUUUUUUCUAUGUGGAUGCUUUUCCAAGGGACUUUAAACAUUAAGUACCCUUGCAAAUACACGAGCAUUUGUCUCAUGUCCGUGUUCGGCUCAUUCCAAUGUGCUCUCUUGAGUCUCUACAAAAGGAGAACUGUCAAUGAUUGGGUCAUUGAUGAUAGAUUCGUUAUUUUCGUCAUUGCAUACGCGGGAAUAGUGGGGCAAGCGAUGUCGACAGUAGCAACAACAUGGUCGAUUAAGAAACUGGGAGCCGUUUUCGCAUCAACGUUUAGUCCCAUUAUGCUCAUCUCAGCUACUCUAUUCGAUUUCCUCAUCUUACACACUCCUUUGUGCCUCGGCAGUAUAAUUGGAUCCGUGGUGGUAGUAACGGGUCUCUACGUGUACUUGUGGGGUAAGAACAAAGAAAUGAAAGCAGCAGCAACAAUGUGUCCUCCGAUCCAAAACGAAGAUAAAUACAAUACUAAUGAUAAUAACACGAACAAUAACGGCUCUAGGUUAUCCGUUUAAUAUGGUUUGAAUGAAGAGGAUUUGAGAUAUAAUAAAGUACCUCCGUUUACUCUCUUUAUACUAUGUUUGUAUUGUUUCAGAUUAAUGUGACAAAAUUGUAUUAUAAAUUUAUACGCUAUGAGCAUCUCAAUAGUUCUAAAUUUUGUCCAAUGCAAAUUAUUAAUUUUG